AUGUAUGUUUUUGAUCGUCAGAUUGUGGCAGCGUUGUUCUGCAGUGCUGUGGCUCAACAGGUGCCAGUGACGUCAUCAACCACAGAAGAAAAUGAAGAGCCCCCGGAGGGCUACUAUGCUUUUGUAGAAUCACCUAAUGCUACGCCGCCGAGGGUCCGGCCGCCGCCGUACAGGCAGUCGAACGCGGAGUGCGCGGGCAGCGGCGCGCGGCCGCACGUGAGCGCGCACAACCUGUGCGGCGACCUCAACCGCGGCCUCAUCCCGCGCAACCCGCUGGGCCAGCUGCCCGCCGGGGAGCCCUAUCCCUUUGAGCUGAUCCGCAACGAGACGCUGCGGUUCCUGUCGCGCACGCUGCCUGUGCUGCGCGCAGACGACGCGCUGCCACGCGUGGCACACGUGGCAGCCCCACCACAGCAAAACUACCAGCAGCAGUACCACCACCAACAUGCCCACUACCCACAGCCUUCAGACCUGCCUGAGCUCGCCGGCAACAGGCUGGAGGAUCGCAUGAAGCGGUCGACGGAGAUGAAGCUGCAGGCAGAUGAAGCGGAGGAGUCGUCCCGCCUGCCUGCAGAGCACCGCGCUGCGGACAGUCCGCGGGAGGCGCGCAAGUUCUGCGACGGCGGCGGCGUGUUCUGCAUGCUGUACCGUGCCAUCAACGGUGACAGUUCGGCUGGACCCGAGCGCCGAGAGGACCCCGGUGCCCCCCCACCUCCGCCGCCCAGAUACGAGGGCCCACCGACUCCGUGCCCAGCGCGCGUGGAGUACGCGACCCCAGUGUUCGCGCGCAACUACCAGGGCGUGUGGCGCUACGUGGUGCAGAUCCCCUACGAGGGCUACUUCACGCAGACUGUUGAGGUCACCAGGUGCAUGCAGUCGCGCUGCCACUACCUGGAGGGCGGCUGCCUGAGCUCGCCGCGCUGGCUGUCGCUGCUGGUGGCCGAGCUGCACCACCAGCCGCCGCACUCUCCGGUCAGUAUGACUAAUAUAUAUACAAACUUGCACCGCACUAACACCGAGGAGGCAGUGGACAGCAGUUCCGAGAAGUCCGUGCACUGCGAUGCGAACGUCUCGCUCGGAUGCUAUCAGGUGCGCCUGUACUACGACUGGUUCCUGGUGCCGGGCUCGUGCAAGUGCUGGCGGCCCGACUACUUCGCGCGCUACGUGCGCCGCAACGAACUCUGA